AUGGAGGUUGCAGCGCUAGCACGUUGUUACUACAGACUGCAGGACGUAGUAACAGACGCCGGUGAAUGGGAGAAGGGCACGGGAGCAGAGCCAUCCAACACCCGGAGAAACGAGCUCACCUGCGGCUGUGGAGAGGGAAGAGGGCCGUGCUGGGCCCCGCUGGUCCGUGCUGGUCCGUGCUGGUCCGCGCUAGUGCUGGUGCUAGUCCGUGCUGGUAUUGUGUGUAUUAAAGCGUGCGCUGUGGACGAAGAGACGAAGCCAAUGAAGAGGAGGAGGAGGGAGGAAGAGGAGGGAGGAAGAGGAGGGAGGAAGAGGAGGGAGGAAGAGGAGGGGGAGGAGUGA